AUGAUUCCACCAUCGGACUCUAUUCUCCAUCACUCGCACAAGCUCUCCGAAGUACAGAACCCUGUACAGCCGGCACCACCGCCAUACUCGAAGGCAACCCAACAGAACGACCCCCACGAGGACCUCGAGGGCGAUGUGGCGAGUGACGAGCAAGAACAACCUCCCAUUGCGACCUAUAUAGAUUCAUCCUUCAGCAUCAAAGGGGAUGAAAAUUCCCUCGUCAUCCCUUCCUCCUCUGCAUCCCGACCCGCAUCCGCCGUGUCUCCUGCACCUUCCGUCCCAACUGCAAGCGCCACAGGGCACGCAGCGCCGCCGCACCGUCGAGCCCGACUCGGGGACAUGGCAGCCUCCAUCGUCGCGGCGUUGCAUCGGACGGGAGUCCUCGACGGAACGCGGACCCCCUCGGUCGAGGUCCACAUCACCACGGGCAUCAGGAUCGAGGGCAACAGGAACAUCAUCUGCUCUGGCUUGGGGGCUAAUCGGCCGCUCGUCGGCAGGCCAAACGCAUCGGGGGAAGGAACAUCCUCGAGGAAGCGAUCUCAGUCCGAUCCAACUGAGACCUCUGCAUCUUUCAAACGCCACUGCUUAAUGUGA